AAAUAUAAGUAUUCUUAAAAACAAACUCUUUGGUGUGAGAAGAGUGGUGUGAUGGCGCAGAGAGCUCAACCAGUAUUGGCCACAGAUGUUUUCCAAAUGGGAAACAUCCAAUGGAAGCAAUUCAAUGUUGAUACAUCCAGUGCUUCCUUCUCACCUCCAAAACCAUUGCUAAUUUUUACACCAACUGUUCCUGGCGCAUACCCUGUAAUAUUGUUCGUCCAUGGCUUUUUCAUUCGCAAUUUCUACUACUCAAAGCUCCUAGCCCACAUAGUCUCACAUGGAUUCAUAAUCGUUGCUCCUCAACUGUUUUCCAAUGGGCUUCCUAUGUAUGGACCCACUGAAGUGGAAUAUGCAGGAAAAGUUGCGGAUUGGAUAGCUGAGGAGCUUCAACAUUUGCUUCCAGAGAACGUUGAAGCCAAUUUGGACAAACUGGUUCUAUCAGGUCACAGUAGGGGUGGGAAAACUGUAUUUGCUGUGGCUCUUGGUCAUGCAAAAACUAAUCUCAAGUUUUCAGCACUUGUAGGCAUAGACCCUGUGGCUGGCACAUCUAAAUAUUGUAGAACACGUCCUCAUAUUCUCACUGGCAAGCCACGGUCCUUUGAUUUGAAAAUGCCAGUUGAAGUAAUUGGCACUGGAUUGGGCCCAGAGAAGCUUAAUUGUUGUACUCCACCGUGUGCUCCUGAUGGGGUGAACUAUAAGGAGUUCUUCAACGAGUGCAAACCCCCUUGUGCUAAAUUUGUUGUAGCAAAGUAUGGUCACAUGGACAUGUUGAAUGAUGACACACCAGGGCUAAUUGGGACAUUGGUGUCAAAGUGUAUGUGUAAGAAUGGGACGACGGGUCCUAGGGACUUGAUGAGAAGGACCACUGGAGGGUUGGUUGUGUCCUUCUUGAGGGCACAAUUGAAUGACCUAUGGAAGGAUUUUGAUGCUAUUUUAAAGGACCCUAAUCUUGCUCCCACUGAAGUCGAUGGUGUAGACUACAUACCAGCAUGAAUUGAUCAACACUCAACGUUCUUUUGCGCUUUUAUUUCCCUGAAAGGCCUAUAAAUGUCUUUCGAAAUAAUCGUCUAUGGUUAUUUAUGUAUUCUCGCUAUCCUGUCAUAGUAUAAGAAAAAAAAAAUUAAAAUAUUAUCGUUUUAAUUUUUUAAUGUAAUUAAUUUUUUUCACUUA